UAUCGAUAUGCGAUAUAUUUCUGUCCUGCUGUAGUUUUAUGUGCUAAUGUAUUUGGGUAUAAUAAAAUAAAAGAUAUAAUUAGGUUAGAAGUAUAAAAUUUUGCUAUAUUUGUUUUGAAAUUUACCAUAUUAUAUAAGCUUAGGAGGUGGUACAAAACUUAAUACAAGGUUCUUACCCUGCAUAUGUAUAUACAAUUCAAUCUAAUAUGGUGUUAACUUCAGAGAGAAAAUACUUCAGUAGUGAAUCACAUAUUGAUGAAGGGAAUACUUUAGUCCAGAAUGACUUUAUGUUAACAAAUGACAAAUGUUUCCUCUGUGAUCGCGAUUUCGUUGAAGGAGAAGACACUUUCCUAAUUUUUGAAAUGCGGCUGCGUGAGGAUGGUGGAAUUGAUAACCCUUUGUCUCUUGUAUUAGCAACUGCUUUAGGCAGAGAAUUAAAUGAAAUUAACUCGCAUUCCAACUUACUCUGCUUGUCUUGCAAUACAAAUAUUUUGGAGUUUGAAAAACUACUUCAUAACUUUUGCGAACUGCGAAUAAAAAUAAUCAAAGCGUAUAAUCGAACUGUUCAAAUAUACAACAUAGAUCCAAUACUUAUUGAUGGUGAAAACGAGAUAUCUCGAAUAGAGAAGCCUGAAUUAAGUGAAUUAAUUGAAAAUAUAAUGAUUGAUGAAUUGCAUAGCAAAACUCUAGACGGAAAUUCAACCGAAUGCCAGAAUGAAAGCUUAGGAUCCUUUGGCGAUGACACUGCAGAAGCUAUUGAGACGAAUGUUCUUGUGAACACAGAACUCACGUUGGAUGACAGUGUAGUGGACUUAAUAGAAGAGCUUACCGAUAGCGAAGAAAUGAUUACUGAAUCUAAACUUUUAAAUAUUGAAACGCAAUACGAGGCACAAAGUGAAAGUUCUCAAUUCAAUAAUUACAGCGGCAUUAUUGCGAACUUAACAGAAAAUCCUCAGCAAGAUUUGAUGAUUUUCCAUAUGCAAAAUGCCGACUCCAGAAUCUCUGAACCCUUAAUACAUUCCGUAGACCAAGAACCCUCAAUAUGUGAUCCAGAUGAAAAUUAUAACAGUUAUAAUUUUUUUCACAUAGCUUCCACUAUAAAUUGUGCAAUUACAACUGACAACCCUGAAGAUGUGAAUGUUGUGACAGCGAAUGCGCAAAUUAAAAUGGUUUUCGAACAAGUGAAUAACCUAUAUUUUUGCUUAUUGUGCGAGGAACAAAAGACAAUGGCACCAGAAGCAUUUGCAGAGCAUAUGCUCAAAAACCAUGGUUUAAGUUUUUAUUCUUGUGAGAUUUGUUCUGCUGGUUUUCUUUCUAUUGAAAGCAUAAAAGAGCAUAUAGAAAGUAUGCAUUCAAAUUUAUCUAGCACUAAACAAGUUGAAAAUUCAGAAUAUCAAUGUGAAGAAUGUCAAGAAGUUUUUAGUGAUAAUCAAUUGUUGCGUGUACACAAACGAACGCACAGUAACGUUUCCUUACAAUACGAAUGCUCAGAAUGUCAGAAGAGAUACAGUUGCCGAAGAAUGUUGCUUGAUCACAUGAAUAUGCAUACCGGCAGUCGUCCAUACAAAUGCACGAAAUGCUCCAAGGACUUCGCAUCAAAAUAUACAUUGCAAGGGCAUAUGAAAAUUCAUAGUGAACGCGUACGCCCAUAUAAAUGUGAUAAAUGUAACAAAGCAUUUCUUAACCAACAAACCUUCACUCAUCAUAAGAAGCUUCACAUGGGAGAAAAGUCAUUUAUAUGUGAUAUUUGUUCAAAGACCUUUAGCACCCAACACAAUUUAGACGUUCAUAAGAUUGUGCAUACCGGUCAGCGACCAUUCAUAUGUCGAACUUGUGGAAAAUCUUUCGCACGUCGUGCUGAAAUUAAAGAUCAUGAACGUAUACAUACGGGAGAGAAACCUUAUAAAUGUGAUAUGUGCGAUGCUGCAUUCGCUCAGCGUUCCAACUUGAUGACGCACCGAAAGUCCACACAUUUAAAUGAGAAAUUACACCGGUGCGAUCAGUGCGACCGUUCGUUUAAAAGACGCCGUUUGUUGCAAUAUCAUAUCAAUGCAGUACACACAGGUGUGCGUCCUCACGAAUGCGAAAUAUGCGGUUCUUCAUUUGUUUAUCCUGAACAUAAGAAAAAGCAUAUGCUUAUACACGGCAAUACUAAACCAUAUACUUGUGAAAUAUGCGGUAAAGAAUUUAACAGUUGCGCCAAUCGCAAUGCUCAUCGUUACGUACAUAGUACAAAAAAGCCAUACGAAUGUCUGAAAUGUGGUGCCGGCUUUAUGCGCAAACCAUUAUUAUUGGCACAUAUGAAACUUGCUCAACAUACGAACGACACCAUUAUUAUUAACCAACCACAUAUUAGUGACAAAAGGCCGCUAAAUUCAAAAAGAGAAAUUAGCCUUGUUGACUUGUGUAAUGAAACUAACGACGUUCCCGCGAACUCAAAUUCACAAGAUUCAAAUUCAAGUGAUGACAAAGCACUGCAAUUAAUUGCUCAGCACACAGAAGAUGUUGCCGAAGUAGAUAGUGUACAGUACCUGCAAUUUGAUGAUUUAGAUAAAGAUGGUCAUCAAAUAAUAACUUGGGUAGAUAUUGGGCGGGAUAAAGAUCAUAAUUAAUUUAUGUAUAUACUUUUUAAUAUUAAUAAAACUACUAUGACUUAAAAUUGAUAA